UAGAACUUUCGAAGCGAUGAAAUAUGUGCUGCAAGCAAAUUCAGAACUAUGGAUGCAAACGUUGCUACAUCGAACACAAAUCAUUUACACACGAGAUAUUAGGUUUAAUGUCACUUUUUUUACGUGCAAUUAAACCUUUUGGUCAACACAUGCAUGUGAAGAAUUGGAACCUCAUGGUUUAGGUGCUUUUGUAACCGUUUAUCAUCGCAUCUGGGUUUUGCCAAUGAGCUAGAGGGCAAAGCAGUUGCAGUAUUUUUGGACUUAUCGGCACCUCAGUUGGCCGUGCCAUUAGCAGCUAAAACACAGAAAUUAAAGGGAGAGCUUUUUUGAUUCAUUUUCACCUUGUAUUGAGGAAUCAUAACGUUUUAAGACUACAACGUUGCCCGUGCUAGAUUUAGAAUUUCUGAAACAUAAGGUAAUUAUUACAAACUUUUAUGUUGUAAAAAUUCAAAUUUUACUUUAUAUUUUAUAGAAACCCUCCUCCCAGAAAUUUGAUAAAUCUAGUACUAGGGAAAUUAAUGAAAGAACUGAUCUUACAAAAACUCCUAAAGAAACCAAAAGAGUCCUCACAUAAUGUGCGCAGCUUACACUUCCAGGCCGCACGGGGUAUUUGACAUUUGCCACUCUUCCAGCCUUAGUCCGAUAGCAAAAAUUGUUCAACUAUUCAAUACGUUAUACAUAUGUAUAUAAUGUAGUACGAUAAUCUAUACUAAUAUCAUAAAGCUGAAUAGUUUGUUUGUUUGUUUGAACGCGCUAAUCUCCGAAACUACUGGUUAGAAUUGAAUAAUUAUUUUUGUGUUGGAUAGUCCAUUUAUCAAGGAAGGCUAUAGGCUAUAUAGCAUCAUCAUCAAUGUGUAAAAAAGUAUAUUACUUUGUUUCUAAUAGUUUCACAGUAAUUAAUCCUUUUUUGUCGGUGAGAAUAAAUGACUUUAACAGCAUAAAUUAGUUCAAAGGAUUAUUCAACCAAUAUUGUGUUGAUAUGACGGCAAAAAUGAUUUCAGAGAGGCUUGACUUCAUCAAAAGAAAUGAAAAAAAAUUGAGAGCAGAAGAAUACAUUCAUUUAAGAGAUGCUUCUAAUUUUUGUCCAGCACGUUAUAUUGCCGUCAUCAUUUACAGGAUCCCCAGAUUCAUGAAUGAAAAAAGUCAAGAUGCCAUGACAUAUGUCAAGAAAUUUGGGAGACCUGAUCUCUUCAUUACAUUUACAUAUAACUCAGAAUGGACGGAAAUAAAAAUUGAGUUAUUACCUAAUCAACAUUCUUACGACAGACAUGAUUUGGUUUCUAGAGUAUUUCAUUUGAAACUCAAGAAAAUGAUAGACCUACUAACGAAGAAGAAUAUUUUUGGACCAUCGAAAGCCUUUGUUUGCAGCGUAGAAUGGCAAAAAAGAGGUUUUCACAUUUUAUUGUGGCUGGCUAAAAAAGUACAACUAGAUUCUAUAGAUGCAAUAAUAACGGCUGAAAUACCUGACAAACAACAAGAUCCAAUUCUUCAUAAUAUUAUCAUAAAAAAUAUGAUACAUGGUCCUUGCGGAUUUCAUAAUCCUGCGUCACCAUGUAUGAAAGAAAACGUUUGUUCUAAGAAGUACCCUAAACAUUUUAUUUCGGAAACACAAACCGGGGAUGACGUUUACCCAACCUACAGGCGCAGGUCUCCAGAUAAUCGUGGAAACACAGCAGUAAUUCGUGUCAAAGGUACAGAAAUGAGCGUGGAUAAUCGUCGGGUAGUUCCCUACAAUCCAGUGCUAUCACGAAUUUUCAAUGCACACAUUAACGUAGAGUUUUGUCAAUCGGUCAAAGCUAUUAAGUACAUCUGUAAGUAUAUUCAUAAAGGAUCUAAUAAAGCCACAUUUUCGUUACAUAUGAAUAACGAUGAAGUAGAAAGAUACCUAAAUGGUCGCUAUAUAAGUUCCUCGGAAGCAUUCUGGCGAAUUUUCCAAUUUUCUAUUCAUGCACCUUUUCCGGCAGUAGUUCAUUUAGCAGUUCAUUUGGAAAAUGGACAAAGAGUUUAUUUUUAUAAUAACGAAAAUAUCCAAGAUCGUGUUAACAAUCCUUCAUCAACGACACUUACAGUGUUCUUUGAUCUUUGCAGAAGCGACGAUUUUGCAAAAACCCUUUUAUAUCACGAAGUUCCUCAGUAUUACGUGUGGCAAAGAAAUUCAUUCAUCUCUUCCAUCGUCAUCGAUUGGGGAAUCGGGUUCGCCAUCUCCUGGUGUUGUACUCUCACUGCCAUUCAGCAGGUCGGAGAAGUGUUCCCUCCAUAAUCCCAGUAUGCCCUGGAUAUCGGUUACCAGAUUACCACCUUGGUCUCUACAUGAGGAUGCUCCGGUCUUGAAACCUUCGUUAAGUCGCUUCAUUUUUUCAUAAAAUUUUCGAGCAUUCCCUCUGUCUGCCAGCUUCUCAAGCUCUUCGUACUCACGCAUUUCGGCCUCUUUCUUUUUUGUCUGCAGAUGCGUCUCGCUUCCCUCUUCAGCUCUCGGUAUCUAUCCCAUCCCGCACGUGUUGUGGUCGUUUGCAACGUUGCGAGGUAGGCAGUCUGUUUUCUCUCCGCUGCGAGACGGCACUCCUCAUCGUACCAGCUUGUUUUUUGUCGUUGCCGAAAACCAAUUGUUUCGGCUGCAGCGGUACGCAGUGAGAUUGAGAUGCCGUUCCACAGUUCCCUUAUACCGAGAUGCUAAUGAGUGCUCUCAGAGAGCAGGAGUGCAAGUCGAGUAUAGUAUUUCGUGGCUGUCUGUUGCGAUUGCAGCUUUUCGACGUCGAACCUUCCUUGUGUUUGUUGAUGGGCAUUCUUUGCUGCACAGAGGCGGGUGCGUAUCUUCGCUGCGACCAGAUGAUGAUCCGAGUCUAUAUUUGGUCCUCGGAGCGCAAAUCAGCGAUAUGUUGAAGAACCUCGCUUUGAUGCGGAUUGUGGCAAGACGUUCAUCCACCGGGGUGAAUGCCAGGACUCGGCGACGGAGUCUCUCUCCCACCACAAAUCCAACACCAAAUUUGCGCUCCUUUAUAUGGCCGCUGUAGUAGAUGUCACAAGGAUCCACCUUCUUCCGUCCUUGUCCCGUCCAUCGCACUUCUUGGAUGGCGGUGAUGUCAGCCUUGAGUCGUAUGAGGACAUCAACCAGCUGGGCAGAGGCACCUUCCCAAUUAAGGGUCCGGACAUUCCAGGUGCAUGCCCUUAUAUCAUUAUCCUUAAAACGUUUGCAGGGGUCGUCAUCAAAAGGGGGGUAUCUCAUCUGAGGCUUUCGUAAAUUUUUCAUUGGUAUUUCGUUUUUAUGUGGUGGGUCCCAAGCCCUACGCACAACCGCAUAAGCGGGCUUCGCCUUCUCACUUUAGCUCGCCUUCAAAUGGAUGUCUGUUGGCUACCCAGAGGAUACUUGGUCUAAAACCGGAAGUCGUGAGCUGCUUGAACCAUGUGGAGAAGAAUCGUUUCUUGCCACUCCCAAGUGAAUGACAAUCAAAAACUUUCCUCACUUGCGUGAACUUCUACACAUGAUCCCAUCCUCCGAAUUCAUUAUACUUAAAUAAAAUAAGUUUUUAUAACGAUUUGUUCGAAAACAAGUGCGUAUUUUUUUUCUUUUUAAAGAAAGUCGAGGAGAGUUAAUGUACAGACGCGGACGAAGAUAAAGACGAAGCCCAAAAUCACUAUUCCAAGCGGACAAAGUCGCGAGCACAGCUAGUACAUGUAUUAAGUAAAUAUAAUAAUAAACACCUAAAUGGCAUGAUAUUUUCAAUGAAUAUGUAAUAUAAUUAAUAAUUUUGUUAUUAAAUUCUUAAUACGGGUUUUGGUAGAACUAACCGAAAAUAGCGGGUAUAGUUUCAGGGCUUUUGUAGGUCGCAGUGCUGCAAGUGUACUUGGAGUUUUCCUUCGCAGUUUUGGGUCUUUCAUCAGUGAUUGUACCAAGAUCAUUCCCCGAAUUGUGCAAGAGAUAUAUAUAAAUGGGUACAUGGUGGAUGUAAUGUGCAAGAAAGGGAUGAACGAUCACACGUACACAAGAGUUUCGGAUACUCUUGUCAGUUCGCAUAGAAAAAGAACUGCCACUAAUAUGUGAAAUGUAAAGUUAUUCAAAAUUCUAACGAAAAUCAACAAUCGAAAUCGAUAGCUUGCCAGAAUGUUCGAGUGGAGAUGUAUUGCCAACAAUCGACUAUAUAAGGGCUGCCGGACUGUCAAGACACAGUUCUGUUAAGAGAGUAGCCGAGUGGAGACAAUUCUAAAGAGAGCUAAUUGUAAACAAGUUAUAAGUUAGAGUUGUAUAGUAGAGUAUGGAGUACUAAAGUGAAUAAGAAAUAAAGAUUAGUGUAUAGCCAUUAAAGUGUGACUUUUAUUUGACAAUCCAGUGAUCGAACACAGGUAAAGUUUCGGCGUAAACGACAGAUUUUGGAAAUCCCUUACAAUUGUUGCAACAACGAGGCUUAGCACCGAAUGGGUUGAAAUAAGAAGAGACUCCAUCUUCGCCAGGGUAAUGGUCAUGAGCAUGUUUUAGUCUACAAUGUCUCAGAUGUCGUCGCAGAUAUUGUCGCAAUUGGAGGCGCGCGUUGGUCAAAACUCAUGGCAGAUCUGUCAUCGCCAAUGUCAGAUCAAGGUUCUUCACAGUUAAAAGAGCAGAAGUAAAGUCCGUCGAAGGAGGUGACCUCAUAUAUCGUUCAGGUGCCAACAAAGCUUGAAACAGAAUUUUUCAACACAUCCGAAGCGAAUGAGGAACUUUUAAGUCAAUGGAUGAGACUUAAAAUAAAGCAGAUAUGUCAAUACAGCUGGAAAAAGCAUGAAGAAAUUUUGAUAACACAGACCGAAGCGAAUGAGGCGCGUAUGACAAAGCUUUUGGAAGCGAAAACUGGAAUCGACAAUCGAAAUCGAUAUCUUGCCAGAUUUAUCCAGACAUCGAUAUUCGUAGUUGCCAGAAUGGUCGAGUGGCGAUGUAUUGCCAACAAUCCAAACUUGCCAAGAGGGUUGUCGAAUGUGGACAAUUCUAAAGAGAGCAAAGGGUAAACAAGUUAUAAGUUGGAGUUGUAAAGUAGAGUAUUGAGUAAUAAAGUGUUAAGUUAUAAUGAAUAAGAAAUAAAGAUUAGUGUGCAGCCAUUAAAGUUUGACUUUUAUUUGACAAUCCAGUCAUCGAACUCAGACAGAUAUUGGAAAUCCGUUACAAUAGCUUUGAUAUAUCACCUAUAAUAACAAUCGAUUAUCUAAAACAAAUAAAUCGAUCUAUUUUUAUGUUUUAUGUGCAAGUUUUAUAUUUUAAUAAAAUAAAACAUUUUUUA